CUCGUGGGUGAUCAGGGAAAGAAAGAAGAAGAAGAAGAAGAAGAAGAAGAAGAAGAAGAAGAGAAAGAAAAUUGGGGCUUUUGGGGUUCUUGCUUUAAUCUUUUCAUUGGGGAUCAAAAUUUUCAAAGGCAACGAGGAUGACGAGAUCAUCUGGUUCUCCUGUUGCAUCUACUGCUGAUCAAUUGAGUGGUAUUAUGCGGACUUUGGAGACUAUGGCACAUGUGAUGCAACAACAACAACAACCUGCCCAACAAGGAAAUAAUGAUGGGACAGAGACAUCAAACCAGACGGGGUUGGGAAUUGGACAGUUUAAGAAGCUUAGUCCUCCCAGUUUCAGUGGUGAGUCUGAUCCAAUGGUGGCGGAACGGUGGAUGAUGCAGAUAGAGAAAAUAUUUGAUGCCUUUAAUUACUCUGAUGAACGAAAGGUUUUUCUUGCCACCUUUAUGCUGGAGGGAGAAGCUGAACACUGGUGGAGAAUGAUUAAGAGGAUGUCUGAAAUCAAACAUGAGCCAAUGACAUGGAAGUUAUUCCAAGAAAAGUUUAACGAUAAAUAUUUUUCAGAAUGUAUGAGAGAGCAAAAAGAAUUGGAGUUCUUGAAUCUUAUCCAGGGAAGUAUGACGGUUACAAAGUAUGAAUCUAAAUUUACUGAGCUCUCCAGGUUUGCCACACAUAUGACUGAUGAUGAAUCUAGAAAGGCAAGAAGGUUUGAAAGGGGAUUACGGCCGGCAAUAAGAAGCCGAAUGUCAGCUUUAAAAUUACAAACAUAUGCUGAUACGGUAGAAAGAGCUUUGAAAAUUGAAAGAGACAUGGAGGAAAUUCAAGAAAUCAUUGGCAAGAACCAAAGGGACAAAUUUACUAGCAAAAGCAGGAGAGUAAAUGAAUACGAAGAUAGUAACAAGAGGUUUAAGACAUCUGGAUUUGAGAAAAGGAAACCAUGGGGGAGGACUCAGUUAUGUGAAAAAUGCGGGUUAAAUCAUGAGACAAGUCGGUGUUUUCGGGUGACUGGAGCAUGUUUUAAUUGUGGAAAGCUAGGUCAUCAAAUAAAAGAUUGCCCACUGAACAGGAAAAGAGAGCCACUGUCUCCUAGACCCUCAGCCCAUGCUAGAGUAUACGCUAUCACUGAACAAGAUUCUAGAGCUUCUAAAUCAGUGGUGGAAGGAUAGCGUAUCGCUUGCUUAAAUGUUAAGAAUGGGCUGAGGCAGUGGAAAAUUUAGAAGACGUUGGGCAGAACUUUUGUUAGCAUAUAUGUAGUUGUGUAUAAGCUACCUUGCAUCUAAUGAAAAGUGACUAUGAAUCUAAACCGGUGGAUUUUGUGUAAGUUAAAGGAUCCCUCAUGUAUAGGGUUUUGGAAUGUUAAAUUAAAUUCGUGUAAUGAUAUGAACUUAUGGUAAAUCGAUGAUUGUGGUGACUGCAUAGAUUUCCCCA